AUGGCCAGUGCUGCUCCCAUCGACCAGGUGGAAGACACUAUUGCGGUCAAGAUUGAGCAGCUUGACCGCCACGGUUACCUGUUUGGCCAAAAAAUCACACAUUCCUUGUCACCACUCCUGCACACCACCAUUUACGAGGGCAUUGGCCUGAAAUGGGAGCAAAUGAGACUGGACUCGGCAGACUUGUCGCUGUUUCUGGAACUCAUCAAGCACCCCAAAUUUUACGGCAGCUCAGUAACCAUGCCCAACAAGGUUGCCAUCAUCCCUCACCUCGACGAGCUGACGGAUGAGUGCCGCGAUGUUGGCGCCUGCAACACACUCUUCAUCAGAGAACGCGACGGCAAGCGGAUAUACUGCGGCACCAACACGGACGUAAUCGGCGUCCGUGAGUCUUUUGUUCAGAACGUCACCGACCCUGAUACCGUCUACCACAACAAGCCGGCUCUUGUCAUCGGAGGCGGCGGUGCGGCCAGAAGUGCCGUCUACGCUCUGCGCAAGUGGAUGAAGGCCACCGAUAUCUACCUCGUCAACCGUGACAAGAGCGAAGUCGACGCAGUCAUCGAAGAGUGCUCCGCGCGGGGAUAUGGAGACAAUCUGUAUCACGUCUCCACCGUCGAGGAGGCGAGAGACCUCGACGCCCCCGGCGCUAUUGUGGCGUGCGUACCCAACUUCACUCCCAAGACAGCAGAGGAGAUUGUAGCGCGUGAGAUUAUCGUCGAGUUCCUGAACAAGGAUCGCAAGGGCGCUAUCCUCGAGAUGUGCUAUAACCCCACGCCCUACACAGAAAUCGGUGCUCUCGCAGAGGAUGCCGGCUGGCAAGUGAUCCUGGGCACUGAAGCCAUGAUCUACCAAGGUCUUGAACAGGACCGGUACUGGACUGGCAAGGAGGUUGACGAACUUACCGUUCAAAAGGUAAAGGAUGUGAUUGCGGCAAAGCUGUCACAACACUCAAAAUUCUUCAUAAAGUCUGGAUAG